AAAUAAUCAUUAUUUUGCACCGCAAUUACAAAGACCGGAUGACGUUGUUGCGCAUCGAACAGGACAUGAUCGCCCUAGUUAGAGAUACCAAACGUACCUGUCAACGCUUUCCGGCCAUGUCCUCCUAUCACCGAAUGCUCGUCCACCAAGUCGCCGCUUACUUUGGCAUGGAACACAAUGUCGACCAAUCCGAUAACUGCGUGGUGGUGAGCAAAUCGCGUCACACGCGGUUGCCGGAGGUCGCAUUCAAAGAGUAUGUUCGUGACGAUGUCGUCCUUCCGGAGGAGCCCAACAGGAAAUUGAAUCCCAAAAGAGAAACGGUCUCGUUCGAGGAACCCGACCAUCACAGCAGCAACGGCAGCAGCAGCAACGGCGGCAACAAGUUCACCCGUUCGUUGGAAAUCUGAAGUCGGAGCCUGGAAGAGCGUGACUGCGUGCUGGGCAUGGACAGCAAAGCAAAGAACCGUGCCUUCCAACCUCAAGUGACGCUGGUCCCAGAAGGAGUCUGCUGUCCAGCAGUCGAAGGAGCCACUACUACGGGAGCCAGAAGGAAGGAAAAUCUGUCGGAAUCCAACGUCUCCGCUUACGCCACUCCGACGACUUCACGCACAAACAGCGAAGACAUCCAGACUCUUCGAUGGCCAAAGCGGAUGACACAAGGAGCACUUCGCACUAACAUGCGCAUUC